AUGGGCGCUGGUUGGCCCUGUAUUUAUAUACCCCUGCCACAACUCCAGGCACAUCACUCUCGCUCCUCUUCUUCCAGCGCUCAGACGCACACGCAAACACCGUCGGCCAUGGAUUACAAAGUAGCUCUCGUGGUUCUUGUGGCAGCCCUGGCACUCACGAGUGCUGCCCCUCGCAAUGUCAUCUUCCACAGAGAUUUCUUCAACCCUCCAGCAGCCGCCGCAGGCGGCAACGGUGGCGUUGGUAACGGUGGUUUUGGUAACGGAGUAGGUGGUAACGGCGCCAAUGCCGGUGCCGCUCAGGCUAGCAAUGGCGCCUCUGGAAACGCUGGAGGUUCCAACAACUUCCUCAACCAAGCUAUCCUCCACCAUCUCUACAAAGAGGAGUUCGACUUCGACAACGAAGACUUUGGACUCUUCGGCCGUGCUAGUGGACUUCUUGGUCAGGGUGGUGGACUUUUCGGCCGUGGGGGAGGACUCUUCGGGCGCGCGGGACUUUACGACUUCGACGCAGAGGAUGGAUUCUUCCCUUAUUUGUAAGCUGAAGUCCUGAGGAGGUCCACUUCGAAUGAGAGUUCGAAGUCCUUGGACAGUCAUGACAUACACCUCACUAAUUCCACCUGAGACGGAGUGCGGGAGGCGUUGGCGUUAAUUGGCCGGCUGGUGAACAAAAUUCCUGUAAAUUUAAUUGUACCGACCUAGCGUUAAGAAAAACAUUCAAUUUCGUGCAUAUAUUUAUUUCCGUUUUUCUUGAAUGUGUGUAAUAAAACACUUUCGGAAUGAAAA